UAGCGAACUUCACUUGCUUUUAAAUAUACAAAUCCCAAUAUCAGUUUACCCGGGGCCAAAGUAUUACAUCCGGACAGGGUGCGUCAAUGUGACGACAAUUUUCAUAUUAUUAUUAUCAUCGUGCACGCAAGCUGUCCCACGGUUAUUUAAUGCCCAGACUACACGGAUCUCAAUGAAUCGUUUCCUCCGACUGACGGAGCUAACACGGAAAUAAUUUUGAGAGCUCCCGUGUUAUUUCUACUGCAACUUUCAAGAUGAACAGAGCUCUAGUUUUUAUCUACAUUAUGGUCGCGUCUCCUAUAGUAGCGUCCUGGAACCCAGACGCCGGUUAUGUUCCCUCGCUGACGGCCGGCGGAACUCCUCACACAACGUCGAAUCCGUCUCGAGCCGAUAAAAUAAUGGACGGCGAUGAUCAAACUCAUUGGCAAUCUGGUAGUUGCUUUCCUCGUGGUUUUACAUCUCGGCCAGAUUUGAACGCUCUAUAUAAUGCCUGUGCCUUACAAAAAUGUAGCGUCACUGGUGAUCUUUCGGGAACUUCAAUGAAUAGCGCAACCGAUGACUCUCACUACACUGGCCUACAGGUUAAGACAAAUGCUAUUGGUGUGGCUGGCUUCACUGUUCGGCUAUGCAGUACAGUUAGACUGAGAAUUCUUACCAUAAAAGGUAUCUACGGUAGUGGAUCCACGGUGACUGUCAAUGCCAUAACAUCUACAGGAAGAGUUGCCAUAGCAACGCUGACACCAGAAGAUAAUUACAAACUUAUCGAGGUGAUCCCUGAUCCAAACAUCCUUCUCUCAGCCAUUGAGUUGGUUUCCAAUAAAACCUUCACAUUGACUGAAAUUGCAGCUAUGAGUAAGUCCUGCUAUGAAAUGGCUUGGAUUGAUAUGGGGUCCCUAAAAGAAGUCAGCGUUAUAAAUACUAAACACUGGGCCGGGGGUAAUGCACUAGCAACCUCCCUUCUCGUGUCUCAAGAUGGCGUGGAGUGGACGAAAGUAGCCGAUCUCGACCCGAAUGCACUCAAACCUGUUUAUACCCGACUAUCAUCUCCUCAGAACAUUAGAUACAUUGGAGUUAGACACGAGGUCGAAGAGGGAGACGUGAAAAAAGUUUACGUUUGGGAAAUAAAAGCAUAUGACUAUAACGGUGUCUUUGGUUCUAUGCCAAAUGCAACUCAGCAAAAUAAUACUUUAAGAAACACCUUUGGAGUUAAUGGAAUUUGGGGCUGGGGGACUAAGUCUUACAGUUAUUUACUGCCUGCUACGAAAGGGCCAAAUCUGUACGCCGAGGUUUCAUCUCACGCACGGAAUUACCACAAUUUGAACUGGGACGUCACCGAUCCUGAUCAUGUCCCAGACUAUGGAAAAAUGGCCAAUGGCAAAGGAACCGAGGCACACUGGUGGCUUAACUGGGACAAAGAGUAUCAGGCAUGGGUUGAUGCUGGGUUAACCGUUCAUGGCUCCGUCCAAUUCGGCUCAAUCCCUUCAAGUAAAUGGGAUGACCCAUACACUGCUGGGUAUAAUUUCGGUUAUGCUUACGCUCGUCAUUUUGGUCCUACACACGGCAAUGGAUUGAUCGCAGCCAUGGAGGCUGGGAACGAACCAUGGAAAUACCCUGCAGAUCUUUAUCGUGAAAUUCUUCGUGGCUUCUCUGAAGGUUCUAAAGCUGCUGAUCCUCAGAUGACUUUCCUUCCAGCAGCCUUUCAGGCCGACGAUCCCGUCAGCACCUCCAAUUACAUGGGAAACCACAUUCCAGAAAUUUCAGCGCCAUUCAUCGAUGUCUUAAAUUCCCAUCAUUACAGUUUUCACCAUCGGAACGAUGGGGUCCGCACUGCAGUCCACCCAGAACACCCAGACAGUACAUUCAAUGGUAUCCGUAACGUGCUUAGGUGGCGGGAUGCAAACCUGCCUGGAAAACCAGUCUGGGUCACCGAAUGGGGCUGGGAUGCACCAGGCCUUGGUGAAAUUUGUGCAACAUCUGAGUGCGUUUCAAACGAAGCCCAAGCCAUUUAUGGUGUCCGAGGGCUACUAAUACUGACGCGGCUUGGAGUGGAAAGGGCUACGUGGUUCUUUUAUGCGAAUACUGAAGAUUGUGACACCUUGUUUUGCCGCAGUGGAUUAACUGGCUCUAAAGCUGUAGAUUUUGAAAAGAAAGACGUUUUUCGGGCUUUCAAAAGUCUAUUCCACCAUGCCGGCGAUAAAGUCUUUCUGCAGACAAUCAGAGAAGACCGCACAGCUUACAUAUACGUGUUUGGAACAAGGAGCGGCACACCGACUCAUCUUGUUGCUUGGAGACCCGACGAUGUCAGGGAGGCUGCAUUUCACACCGUACUAUUCUCAUUCACCCCCGACCCCAGUAAAGCGUGGCUGUUGACGGGAGAUAAUGAAACUGGAAGACCCGCUCCAAUACCGACCAAGACUAAAAGUACAUGGCGCAUGAUGGUUUCUGUUGUUCCAACUAUUGUAAAGUUAAACUAAUUUUUUCUUUCAUUUAAUGAUAGGAGAAUCCAUUAUAUAUAUAUAUAUAUAUAUAUAUAUAUAUAUAUAUAUCUUUAGAUAAUUAAAGUGGAAAUCGGUCAGUUGCGAGUCGCUCAAUUUAUCGACGUUUCACUUUGGCUGUAGCCCAUGCAAUUACUUUCAAAUGUCAGCAAACUGUAGAAACCGCUUACUGCCAUCUUACAGAGAUGAAAUUGUGCAAAUGCAAAGGGACAAAAAUAUGCAAGUUGGUGGUUUUGCUCGAGCCCACGAGUCGAAACGUGUCACGUCACUCGAUUAUAAAGGUUUAAACUCAAAAUCCCAGUAUUAUACCAAUUUGUCUCAAUGGUCUAAGCAUUCAAAGUAUAAAUUAUGCACGAGUUUUAACAAAAUUUAGGCCAAAUGGACAGACAUUUAAAAGGUUCGUGUAAGGAACUCAACGAGGCUGACGUUUCACCAUUUUGACAUCCAAACAAUUUUACAGACGACUGUAAUACUUAUUAGUGUUCGCAAUAAAAAAGGCACUUCCCAACCGCUAUACUUUGAACGCCUGCGCUCCCUUCAAGACUGUACCUAAAACGGCGAACAUUGGAUACAAGAAAACAUUGGACAACAGGACUGCAAGGAGCUAAAAAAUUCUUUACUUAAAGUGACAAUUUGCCAAUUCUGAUAAUUCAAAUAUUAAAACUGCGUUUUCAUCAAAUAAAAUCCGCCAAGUAAAUUU